AUGGCUGAGCAAGUCGAUCUGUCCACCAUACCCGUCUCGCCUGAGGGCGGCAACGACCCCUCCGCCUCCACCGACGCCGCCGCCUCGUCCUCCAGCAAGCCCGUCACCGUUUUUGACGACAAGGAUAACUUCAACGUCAAGCAUCCUCUGGCACACGACUGGACCCUCUGGUUCACCAAGCCCCCUUCUGGCAAGGGCGACAACUGGAAUGAUCUUCUGAAGCAGGUCAUCACCUUCAACUCGGUCGAGGAGUUCUGGGGCAUCUAUAACAACAUCGCGCCGGUCUCUGAUCUCGCCCUCAAGUCCGACUACCACCUCUUCCAGGCCGGCGUGCGGCCAGAGUGGGAAGACCCCCAGAACAAGCACGGCGGCAAGUGGUCCUACCAGUUCAAGGAGAAGCGCAACGUCAACAUCGACGAGCUGUGGCUGCACGUCAUGCUGGCCGCCAUCGGCAACACGCUCGAGGACGAGGAGGAUGGUGAGGUCAUGGGCGUUGUCGUCAAUGUCCGCAAGGCCUUCUACCGUAUCGGUGUCUGGACUCGUACCGUCGGCAAGAGCAUACCCAACCGUGGCGACGGUGACGUGGCCGGCGGCAAGGGCCGGACCCCCGAGAAGGGCAAGGAGGUUCUCAUGACCAUCGGCCGCCGCGUCAAGGAGGUCCUGAAGCUCCCCCCCAACGAGAUGCUCGAGUUCUCGAGCCACACCGAGGCUGCACAUGCUGGUAGCACGCGGGCCAAAGCUAAGAUCACGGUCUAA